AUGACAAGUUUAAAGAACUAUCUGAGCACUCUAAUUGAGUUAGCCACUGAUGCCGAGGAGGGGAGCGGGGGAGGAGGAAUCCGACUACGGCUGAACAGAGGAGCGGGAGCUAAGCCGAGGGACGUCCUAAAGGAUCAAGGGACCAGAUGGAAGCAGAUCUUAACAACAGCAGGGACUGAGUGUCCCGUGACAGAGCAGGUGAGCCUCAUGUUAUGCAAAGGGCUGGAGAGAUGGUUUGGGGGAUUCAUUCAGGAACAAGGGUCCAAAGUAGUGUAUCGGGAGGGAGGCUGCAAUGCCGGCACCAUCGCCGCCACGAACGCAUCUAGGGACCUUAUUAGGUGUCCCUACAACAGCAACAAGGAAAACUGGCAAUUUUAUGAUCUGAAGACGCCACUAUCACUGGGGAAGGCAGAGACGAGAACAUUUAUAGUCUGUCGGGAUAUAAUAGCAAUAUUUCUGACAGGCUUAGUGAAUAUACACAAAAACGAAGAAGCUUGGAUAGAGAACACAUCGGGAAAGGAUCCGUGCCAGUGUCUAUAUGACUGGUAUAGGCAAUGGGGAGGUAAGGAAGCAGCCGAAAGGGUAAUGGAGUUACUUUUUCCAACAGGAGGGAGAUUAACGUUAGGAGGAUCGUCUCUACAAAUGACCGAGAAACAAGCAGACAAGUGGUGGGCCAUUCUCCUUCGGGGCGUUCCACUAAUGGUCGAAGGCUUACAAUGUUCUAAAGACCCAGAACACGAAGGCAAAUAUACGACAAGCUGUGUGAGAUAUAGGCAGGACAGGGAAUGUCACGCUCAUCCGCCUGGCACUUGGAAUCCAAACAUUGCGACACAGGGAUUAGUUCUUGAGACGGGGGAGACAACGGACAAGAUACAAGAGAAUUUGGACAAAGUAAUAAAGGAGCAGGUGGACGACCAGGAGAGGGAUCAGCCUCAGCAGUGGGGGGUUUUGGACAUCGUGAAGGUGGUAGUAGGAGCGGGGAUUUCUGGAGGAUUUAUCCCAUUAGCUUGGUACAUGUGGAGGAGGAUAUUCCGUAGACCCACUAGAGUAAGAUCGCAGGAAACCAAAACCUUGGCGUAUGGGAACCGCCUUUUCAGCUAA